AGCAGACGCAGUGGAGGCUGGGGUUGUCCCGAAUAGACUAAUUGAGACCGUCGCUGUGAACUCAGCGGCUGCUUUCAUCCUCCUCGGUCUGUGGACGCGGAACACUUGAAUCCGUCUGAUAGAAACUGGGAUCGGUGGAUCAGAGCGGGCAGAAUCACGCACGGUGCGCGGGCCUGCGCUGAAUGUCAUAACACAGGGAUAUUCUGCAAAGCACCGACACGGUCACCGGCCACAACCAUGGAGGUUGUGACACAUUUUAUCAAUGACACCAUAGAAUUCUACAAAUGGACCCUAACCAUUGCAGACAAGCGAGUGGCGAAAUGGCCUCUGAUGAACAACCCCCUGCCCACACUGGCCAUCAGCACCUCCUACUUGCUCUUUCUCUGGCUGGGGCCCAAAUACAUGAAGAACAGAGAACCCUUCCAGCUCCGCAAGACCCUCAUUGUCUACAACUUCAGCAUGGUCUUCCUCAACUUCUUCAUCUUCAAAGAGCUGUUUUUGGCGGCGCGGUCUGCAAGCUACAGUUACAUCUGUCAACCGGUGGAUUAUUCAGAGGACCCCAAUGAAGUCAGGGUGGCAGGAGCUCUGUGGUGGUACUUCAUAUCCAAAGGCAUCGAGUACCUGGACACAGUGUUUUUCAUCCUGAGAAAGAAAUUCAACCAGGUUACCUUCCUGCACGUCUACCACCACUGCACCAUGUUCACGCUCUGGUGGAUCGGCAUCAAAUGGGUGGCAGGAGGACAGUCGUUCUUCGGUGCGCACAUGAACGCAGGGAUCCAUGUCUUGAUGUAUCUGUACUAUGGCCUGGCCUCCUGCGGACCUAAGAUCCAGAAGUACCUGUGGUGGAAGAAGUAUUUGACCAUCAUCCAGAUGGUUCAGUUCCACGUCACCAUCGGCCACACGGCCUUGUCCCUCUAUGUCAACUGCGACUUCCCCCACUGGAUGCACUACUCCCUCAUCUGCUACGCCAUCACCUUCAUCAUCCUCUUCGGCAACUUCUACUACCAGACCUAUCGCCGUCAGCUGCCCAGACGCGACGCUUCCUCCUCCUCCAAGGCAGGCAAGGGCCUCUCUAACGGGGCCCUCAACGGCCUCAGCAAGGCCAACAACGGAGCAUUGAUGGGAAGCAAAGAGGAAAAGCCCCAGGAGAACUCUGGGAGGAGGAAGAGGAAAGGAAGAGCUAAAAGGGAUUAGAGGAAGAGGUGCGAGAAGGGUUGAGGUGAGGUAGGGCCUUGCUUUGGGUUCUCGGUUGCUAGUGCUAAAACCAUGAAAGACUUCAUGUGAGGAAAAUGUAGAUGAAUGGAUGUGUUAAAGUGUGACGUGUUUAUUUUGAGCCAUGAUGCGAGUGUUGUAGAAACAAUUCUGGAGACAGGCCUGUGCUGAGAGAGGAUCAUUGUGUUAGAGAGAGGUGUCAAAGGUCGUGCUUGUAGCUGACCGUUACCACAAAUAACCCCAAAAUACAGUUGUGUUCUUGUGGUGCGGGACAGAAGUUAAUAUUCCUUCUCUUUACUGCGAUGGCAGCUUCUGGAGAUCAGGCUCGAAAAAGAACGACUUUCAGCUGUAACCUGACAAGGAAACAUCAAACGCAGCGUUAAAAUACGUACCACCGCUACGAGUGAUCCCUGCUGUACUGAGACAGGAAUACACAUCAUAGCACAUGCACAACCGUGUCAUCCUUAUAUUUGAGCUUAUUAUAUCCUUUGUUCUUCCCCUAUGCUGAUAUAAAUCUGAUGAUGAUGUACAGUAUCAUGCCAUGUCCUCAUCUUAUCCAAGAUAGUAUAGGUGUUACAUGAGAGAGACCUGCGUUUACAGAAAAUGACACCUACGCUGUUAUCCGCGAAUUUGUGAAGACAGAGACGUCAUUUUUUUUACUUAUUUCUUAUCAUGGACUCUCACUUCAGCUACAUUUUAAAGAAGGAAAGUAGAUAAAUAUCCAGAGGUAAGAUGUACAUGGAAAAAGAAAAAACAUAGAUUUCUAACCCUCCCUUUGAGACCGGGCUGAGAUUGUUUCAUCACCGUUCAAAGAUGAAAUAAUCAUCAACUGCAGCUCACCGAAGGUUAAAAUUUAUAUUUUCUAUUUCUGUAUACAACCAUUACAUGUUUUUAUAUAUCCCUACUUGUAUGUAAUGUGAUGAAAUAUAAUGAAUAUUAUCCGGAGAAAUAAUGAAUCUUGGUGAUUAUCUCAGUGUUUUGAAAAUGAAGCCGGUGGAGUUUUUGUCUUUGCAGAUAUUUACUUGUCUUUUUAUAUCCUCUCUGACGUCGUCGUUUGUCCUACACGCUGGUGAAAAUGAAAGAAGCUGUGGAGGUCUGGGGGAACGAGCUCACAGCCUCGUUCCACCCUGAGUUGACUAUACGCAGAUUUUCCUCCAGUAGUCAAUCAAAUAUUUACGUCUGUAUACGUUUUCAGGCUCGAUCCCUAUCCUGAGCUGGCUUGAAUGUAAAUUAAUCAGGGGAAAACGAAUUUGGAUAUAAAAAGAUGAAAGUUAUGGUUUAUUUACAAAUAGACUGUGUAUGUUCUGCCACUAUGAAGAAUAACUUUGCUCUGUCUGUAGUAUAUAGAGAUAAAUCAGUGGUCGGCUCUAUAUCUGCAAAUCCAGCUCUAUGUCAUCAUCAUUCAACCAAUGCAUUUUGAUGUUAUUUAUCGGUUUGUUCUAUUUAUUUUCAUGUAAAUACCAAACUCCAUCUAGCUGAGAGCGCUCGUCUGUGUAUUUGUGUUCUUUUUGUGUUGUACAUAUGACAUUGUGAUAUUUUGUACU